AUGGCCACCACUUCGCAUAUGUUCAUGUACUCGCUCACGGUCCAACAGCCAACAGCUAUUACUCAAGCUAUUUUGGGUCAAUUCACUGGAUCCAAAGAGCAGCAGAUCAUCACCGCGUCAGGCUCGUCGUUGACCAUUCACCGACCUAUCCCAGCACAGGGGAAAAUCACUCCAAUUUUCUCCACCAAUGUAUUUGGCAUAAUUCGCUCGCUCGCAUCCUUCCGCCUUGCAGGAGGCAGCAAAGAUUAUGUUGUCAUCGGAUCUGACUCUGGGCGAAUCGCGAUCGUCGAAUACUCCCCCUCGCAGAAUCGCUUCAAUCGCGUCCAUUUGGAAACAUUUGGAAAGUCUGGAGUACGCCGUGUCGUCCCUGGGGAGUAUCUUGCAGUGGAUCCGAAAGGACGUGCCUGUCUACUCGCGUCCGUGGAAAAGAACAAGCUGGUUUAUGUUCUCAACCGCAACUCCCAGGCCGAGCUUACCAUCUCUUCGCCCCUUGAAGCUCACAAGCCGCAAACCCUGGUUUUUGCUAUGAUCGCCUUGGAUGUGGGUUACGAAAAUCCUGUCUUCGCUGCCCUUGAAGUGGAUUACUCGGAAGCCGAUCAGGAUCCUACUGGCCAGGCCUACGAGGAACUUGAAAAGGUUCUUGUCUACUACGAACUUGACCUUGGUCUAAACCAUGUCGUUCGGAAGUGGACAGACCCAGUUGAUCGUACAGCCUCCAUUCUCUUCCAAGUACCUGGCGGCGCCGACGGCCCCAGUGGUGUCUUGGUAUGUGCGCAAGACAACAUCACUUACCGACAUAACAACCAAGAUGCGUUCCGCGUUCCCAUUCCGCGUCGUAGCGGACCCACGGAGAAUCCAGAAAGGAAACGUUCGAUCGUAUCUGGAACCAUGCACAAGAUGCGGGGAGAUUUCUUCUACCUCCUGCAGUCAGAGGACGGUGAUCUGUUCAAGUUGACACUGGAGAUGGCUGAGGAUGACAACGGUCAGCCCACCGGAGAAGUGAAGGCUCUGAAGAUCAAAUACUUCGAUACCGUUCCUGUCGCCACUCACCUCCAUAUCCUGCGGAGCGGUUUCCUCUAUGUUGCCAGUGAAGGCGGUAACCACAACUUGUACCAGUUUGAAAAGCUCGGUGACGACGAUGAAGAGAUUGAAUUCUCAAGUGACUCUUUCUCAGCCGACCCCACUGUCCCGUCUGCUCCCAUUUACUUCCAACCCCGAGGGGCGGAAAAUGUUACCCUCAUGGAGAGCAUGAACUCAUUGACUCCUCUGAUCGACAGCAAAAUCACCAACCUCACCCAAGAUGAUGCCCCUCAGAUUUACACGAUCAGUGGCUCUGGGGCUCGCAGUUCCUUCCGUACUCUUAAGCAUGGACUGGAGGUGUCGGAGCUUGUGGAAUCCGAUCUUCAACAAGUUCCAUCUGCAGUAUGGACUACCAAGGUGACUCGUGCCGACGAGUACCAUAGCUACAUCAUCCUCUCCUUUGCCAACGGUACUUUGGUCCUGAGUAUUGGUGAGAUCGUCGAAGAAGUGUCGGACACUGGCUUCCUUUCCACUGCUCCAACACUGGCCGUGCAGCAGCUUGGAGAAGACUCAUUGCUUCAAGUACACCCUCGUGGAAUCCGCCACAUUCUUGCCGAUCGACGGGUCAACGAAUGGCCUGCGCCUCAGCACCGAUCCAUUGUCGCUGCUGCUACCAACGAACGCCAAGUUUGUGUGGCACUGAGCUCCGGUGAAAUCGUCUACUUUGAGUUGGACGCUGAUGGGACUCUGGCCGAAUACGACGAGCGCCGACAGAUGUCUGGCACUGUUACGUCCCUCAGUCUAGGUGAAGUCCCUGAAGGUCGGGUCCGUAGCUCUUUCUUAGCCGUUGGCUGUGACGAUUCUACCGUUCGCAUCCUCAGCCUCGACCCGGACUCGACUCUCGAGAACAAGUCUGUUCAGGCUUUGACAUCUGCACCCUCUGCACUUCAAAUCAUGGCCAUGGCCGAUUCAAGCUCAGGAGGCACAACCCUUUAUCUCCACAUUGGUCUUUACUCUGGAGUUUAUCUCCGCACUGUCCUGGACGAAGUCACAGGCGAGCUUUCAGACACUCGAACUCGCUUCAUUGGGGCUAAGCCCGUGAAGUUGUCUCAAGUGUCUGUCAAGGGCCAAACCGCUGUGCUCGCAUUGAGCGCUCGCCCGUGGCUCGGAUACUCCGACAUUCAAACUAAGAGCUUUAUGCUUACCCCCUUGGACUAUGUUGGCCUUGAGUGGGGAUGGAACUUUUCCAGUGAGCAAUGUGUGGAGGGAAUGAUCGGUAUCCAAGGCCGAAACCUGAGGAUUUUCUCCGUCGAGAAACUCGACAACAACAUGCUCCAAGAGUCCAUUCCGCUUGCCCACACACCUCGACGAUUUGUCAAGCAUCCAGAACAGCCAUUGUUCUAUGUCAUCGAAUCCGACAACAAUGUCCUGUCUUCCACUACCCGCCAUAGACUCAUCGAGGACUCUCAGGCUCGUGACGGCGAAAUCGCAGAGCUACCACCCGCUGAAUUCGGAUAUCCUCGCGGUACUGGACAUUGGGCUUCAUGCAUUCAAGUUGUUGAUCCAGUAACCACCAAGUCUGUCGUGUUCACCCUCGACUUGGAGGACAACGAGGCAGCCGUCAGCCUCGCAGCCGUGUCCUUUGCUAGCCAAGACGAGGAAACAUUCUUGGUCGUGGGAACAGCCAAAGACAUGGUAGUCAGCCCUCCCUCAUCUUCGGGAGGCUUCAUUCAUAUCUAUCGCUUCCAAGACGAUGGCCGUGACUUGGAGUUCAUCCACAAGACUCAUGUUGAAGAACCUCCCCUUGCUCUUCUCGGAUUCCAAGGCCGUCUGCUGGCAGGAGUUGGCACAAGCCUUCGUCUGUAUGAUCUCGGCAUGAAGCAGCUUCUUCGAAAAUGCCAGAAGGAUGUCGUAUCUAAGACAAUUGUCGGACUUCAAACACAAGGAAACCGAAUUGUUGUCAGCGAUGUUCGCGAAAGUGUUACGUACGUUGUUUACAAAUACCAAGACAACGUCCUUAUUCCUUUCGCCGAUGAUUUCAUCGCGCGCUGGACCUCUGCAACAACAAUGGUUGACUACGAGACCACCGCAGGUGGCGACAAGUUCGGCAACCUUUGGUUACUGCGCUGCCCUCGCAAGGCCUCUGACGAAGCAGACGAGGAUGGUUCAGGCGCCCAUCUUCAGCACGAAAAAGGUUAUCUCCAAGGCACCCCUCAUCGCCUCGAUUUGAUGAUUCAAUACUACGUGCAAGAUAUCCCGACUAGCAUCCACAAGACUCAGUUGGUUCCUGGAGGGCGAGACGUUUUGGUCUGGACCGGUCUCCACGGUACAAUUGGAAUGCUUGUGCCCUUCAUGGGCCGUGAGGAUGUCGACUUCUUCCAGCUUCUGGAGACUCAGAUGGCCACCACCCAGCCACCUCUCGCUGGUCGUGACCACCUGAUGUACCGCAGUUACUAUGCGCCUGUGAAGGGAGUCAUAGAUGGAGAUCUUUGCGAGAUGUAUCUCCUUUUACCUAAUGACACAAAGAUGAUGAUUGCUGGGGAGCUUGAUCGCUCAGUUCGUGAGAUCGAGCGCAAGAUUUCGGAUAUGCGAACACGUGUGGCCUAUUGA